AUGGCAGCGCGGAUGUUUGAAAAACUCCGUUCUAUACUCUUGGCUAUUAAGGAACGGCGAGGCAAUUGGCAGAAUGUCUCGCCAGCUCUAACUGUUCCUAUCUCUGAUGGAAUCACACUUCUGGAGCACUACCACGACUACGUCAAAGAUAACGACAUAUACUAUAUCGCAAGUGUUCUGGACCCUCGAAUCAAGACCAAGUGGCUCAGAACUCUGCCAGAUGGAGAGAGGAUUAUCAACCGAAUCAGAGAGUUCCUCAAAAAAGCAUAUCCCACUCCGAAACAACCUAUAUCGACUGCUCUAAACACCAGCUACAAGAGCUUCGAAUAUAGAUUUCUGGAAGCCUUUCAGCCCACACAGUAUAACGUCGCUGAGUCUGAUAUCGACCAGUAUUUCGAUAGCCCUACAAUCAGCACUGGCUUCGAUAUAAGUCAGAGCCAGACUGAAUUUAUACGAAACUGGUGGAAGAUCAACAAGCUUGAAUUUACCUGUAUGGCUAAGGUAGCACAAGAUCACCUUGCUAUACCAGCAGCAGAGGUGGAUAUCGAGAGAUUAUUCAAUAAUGGGAGAGAUGUGCUUGGAAUUCGACGUUUCUCCAUGAAAGGAAAGACGCUUGGGACAUUAUUAAGGCUGAAAGAUGCUGAACGUUGGAAGUCUGAAUAG